AUGAAUAACAAUGCUGCAAUCACAUUAACAAUAGAAGAAUUAGUUUAGUUAUUAUUGAGUCCCCAAUUACCCAAUAUUUAAUCAAGUUUACUAUCCUUAUGUCAAUUCGAAAUUAGAAAUAACCAUUCAGAAGUAAAUAAAGACAUUUCAAUCAAUAAGUAAGAGUAAUUCAAUCAUAACCAUCAAUCCAAUACCAACAAUACAUCACUAUUAUUGCUAAACAAAAUUAAUGGAUUGCAAAUUGAGAAUGAUAAUCUCAAAAAUAAAUUAGAAUAGCAGAUCAUAUAAUAAAAUAGUUUGCAAGAGUAACUCAACUAAUACCUGUCACAAUAACAAUAAUUAAAGUAAGAUAAUCAUAUAUUAUAAAAAAAAAUGGAUGAAAUACAAAUAUCUUAUAAUAAUACAAAAGUUAUAAAAAAUAGACAUGAUGCCACUUCUAAAUCUGUUCAUCAAGAUCAGAAAAGGAUCGUCCUAGUAAAACCUUUGGCACUUAAUCAGCCUUUGCUUAAAUUCUCAGGUUGUAGUGGUGUUGUAACUUAAUAUCCAUUUAGGAACUCAAAGCGAAACCCUAAUAAUAUAUAAACUGCCAGGAGUAAUUAAUGA